GCACGCUGCACCCUGAGAGCAAACACCAACCGGAAGGUGAGGUUAGGUAGCAGCGAAAGGACAGCCUCACUGAUCCAUUAGUUAGCUAGUGUUUGGUGUUGGUGAGGAUAUGGCUUUGGAUGCCAGGGCCAUGCUGCUGCCGGCGGCGGCGGAGGUGGCGACCGUCGAUGUCGUCGGCGACGGCGAGGAGAGGCCGUGGUCCGGGAACGGCGGCAAUGGCGGCGGCGGCGGUGGUGACUCAUCAUCGGCGAUGGUGGGCGCGGUGUCGGUGGACUUGCCGACGAUGUGGGGCGACGAGAGGAGGAUGAAGCGGGAGCUGGUCGCCUGGGCGAAGGCCGUGGCGUCCAUGGCCAUCAGGGAGUCAUGUAACUCCAGAUGAACCGUACCUACCUAAUUCCUGAGCCCUUUCUCUUUCACAGAGCGAGACAGAUAUCGAUAUGUUUUUCUUCUUUUUUUUUUCUUUUUGGAAGCAGCUCGUAUGAGUCUGCUUCUUGAUCGAUUGAUCAAUCAGCUUGUACAUGCCCCCUUUUUUUUCUCCUCGAAAGGAUUAAGAGAAUUUAAUCUGAUAGUAGUACUAGAUACACAGAUGAAAUUUUCCGGCAAAGGAUGUCUGAAUUUGUCAGAUUUUUACAUCGCAUCCUUUUCGAGAGAGAAGAUUUUGAGAUCGUUCAACGCUCUGCACUCCUGCGGCGUUGCAUAAAGAUUAUACUGCGUUGGCACUC